UGUGUAAUGUGUUACCCACUGUGGUAACGUGGUUCGUUGCUGUACGAAACAUCUUCUCAGUGAAUCAUGGCAGUUGAACAGUUUGUGUCCAAGACACUCGAGCUUCUGCAGCAGGAGAGAGAAGCUGAAAUAGAAGAGACCAGAAUUUGGCAGGAGAACGUUUCGCUCAAAGAUCUUCAAAAUAAAGGAGUUUGUCUGCUGAAACUGCAGAUAGGAAGUCAGUCCACAGGAUUGUAUGGACGCACUGUUGUCAUCCUAGAGCCAAGAAAAUACCUUGGCUUCACAUCUCUUCCAAGCAACAGCUUCGGUCCAGGUGAUAUUGUUGGCUUGUAUGAUACUGGUGGAUGCACCAUCGCCUCACAGAUCAGCACAGGGAUUGUGACGAGGGCCAGCCAAGUGUCCAUAAGCGUGGCAUUUGACGAUUCAGUGGAUGGACUCAGUUUUGAUACAGAUGCUGUUUACAAUCUCUUAAAGUUGGCAAAUGAUGUCACCUACAAACGAAUGAAGCGGGCCUUGAAUACAUUAAGUACAUAUAGAAACGGGCCAGCUGCCAAUCUGAUUAAUGUUCUUUUUGGAGAAACAAAAGCUUCUUCUCAGUCACAGACAAAUGCAGUUGAAUUCUUGAACACAAACUUGGAUGAUUCUCAAAGAGAAGCCGUGUCCUUUGCUCUGUCUCAGAGAGAAUUGGCUGUGGUUCAUGGACCUCCAGGCACUGGCAAAACCACCACAGUGGUGGAGAUCAUCCUGCAAGCAGUCAAACAAGGCCAAAAGGUCCUGUGCUGUGCCCCUUCUAAUGUGGCUGUGGAUAAUCUUGUGGAAAGGUUAGCCCAGUCCAAGGCAAAGAUCCUGAGGCUGGGUCACCCUGCCAGACUGCUGGAGUCUAUACAGAAGCAUUCACUCGAUGCCAUCCUCGCUCAGAGUGACAAUGCAAACAUCAUCGCUGACAUUCGUAAAGACAUUGAUAAAGCUUUUAUGGGAAAUAAGAAGAAAGGAGGAGAGAGGAUGAAUAUUAGAAGAGAAAUAGGGGAGCUGAGAAAGGAGUUGAAAACAAGGGAAGCAGCAGCCAUAACUCAGAUCCUGAAAAGUGCUGAUGUUGUGCUAUCAACCAACACGGGUGCCUGUGAUGACGGGCCUCUGAAGUUCCUGCCAGCGGAGCAUUUUGAUUGGGUGGUAAUAGACGAGUGCGCUCAGUCCCUGGAAAGCAGCUGCUGGAUCGCCCUUCUCAGAGCGCGCAAAUGCAUUCUGGCUGGAGACUACAAGCAGUUACCACCUACGAUCAAAUCACAAACCGCUGCAUCCAAAGGUUUGUCUCUCAGCUUAAUGGAGAGACUCAUCCAAAUGUGUGGGGACGCAGUGGUGCGUAUGUUAACCGUUCAGUACCGCAUGAACAGCGCCAUCAUGGAUUGGGCCUCCAAACAGAUGUACCAGGGCAGGUUGACUGCUCACGGCUCAGUGGAGAGACAUUUAUUAAAAGAUCUUCCAGGAGUCGCCUGUACUGAAGAGACCAGCACUCCGCUCCUGCUGAUCGACACUGCAGGCUGCGGUCUGAGCGAGAUGGAGGUCCCAGAUGAGCAGUCCAAAGGCAACCAGGGUGAGGUGGACAUAGUUGAACUGCACAUCAAGGCCUUGACUGAAGCUGGAGUUAAAGCUAAAGACAUAGCUGUUAUUGCUCCAUACAAUUUACAAGUCGACCUUCUGCGUCUCAAACUUUCUGCGAGGCAUCCAGAGCUUGAGAUAAAGUCGGUGGAUGGAUUUCAGGGCAGAGAGAAAGAAGCUGUGGUGUUGUCAUUAGUGCGUUCCAACAGAAAAGGUGAAGUUGGUUUUCUGGCAGAGGACAGAAGAAUAAAUGUUGCCGUCACACGUGCAAGACGCCACAUUGCUGUAGUGUGCGACACACAAACUGUCCAGAAUCACACUUUCCUGAAAUCCCUGAUCGAUCAUAUGACCGAGUUUGGUGAGGUCAGAACAGCGUUUGAGUACAUCAACGAUCUCGUGCCACAGAACUACACCCGACAUCACAAAGACACGAAGGCCAGUGUGUCGGUCAGCAGCUCCACAUCAGCAAAAAAGGACAAGGAUCAGCCUCCCAGCAAGAUGAAGCUAGGACAGAAAAAAUCUACCAGUGUGAGGAGCAAUAAGGAGACAAGUGUUGGAUCAGAGAAGCACACAAGGUCAUCAGCACUGACUGAGGACGAGGAGAACAAGAACAGGACUAUAGAGAUCAGAGAGCAGGUGGAGAACUUUCUAAAGAACCCCGGUCAAACUGAACUUCAGUUUCCAUCGUCCUUUAACUCUCACGAUCGCCUGCUGGUCCAUCAGAUCGCUGAGGAGCUGGGCCUCAUUCACAAGAGCAAAGGUGAGGGCAAAGACAGGUGCGUCACGGUCUCCAGGGUCCUGCAGUCAACACCAGCCGAGGAGCCGACACCAGCGAAGGAAACGGAAACGGAGAGCAGCCCCCAGAGGCAGUCGCUGCCUCAACCGCCCGUAGACUUGAAAAGUUUACACUUGGAGCGAAUGAAGAGAGAGCAACAGAAAAGAGAGGAAAACGCUCAACAAAGAAAAUUACUGACCUCCGGCCCAACCCAGUCCAAGAAGGCCAAAGGAAAGAACCGGAUGAAGGCCGGCGCCUGUGACAUCGCUGCCGCCGCUGCACUGGACAAUGACUUUGACUCUCUGAUCAGUGCUGUGAUGAAGGCCGACAGCGUGUGUGCCUUUGUUGCGUGUAAAGCAUCUGUGCUAACGCUGGGACAGCUCUGCAUUUUUUGCAACAGACAAUAUUGUCUCAGUCAUCACAUACCAGAGGUUCACGGCUGCGGAGACAAAGCCAAGUCCCAUGCUCGGAUGAGAAUAAGCAAGGAAGGUGUCCUUUAUGCUGGUAGUGGAAAAAAAGACAAAUCCAUGGACCCCAACAAGAAAGCGUACCUGCAGAGAAAACUGGACUCUAAACUGAAGGACAUGGCAACACAAAGGAAAUCAAAAACCAAGGAGAAGGACAGUUAAGUUAUUAUAUGGAAUAAACUACUUGUUUGAAAAUG